CACUCCUUUAGUGAGGGGACAGGAAGAACCCUGACGGCCCUUUUUAUUGGGCCUGUUGUUUUUCUGUUGAUCCCACACAGGGCCACACCAUGAAGGGUUUCACGGCUGCCUUCCUCAUCUGGACUCUGAUUUCUCCCAACGGCGGUGGCAAAGCCUGGCCGACACACACAGCCUGCAGGGACGGGAGCUUGGAAGUGCUCUACGAGAGUUGUGAUCCAUUACAGGAUUUUGGCUUUUCUGUUGAUGAGUGUUCUAAACAAUUAAAAUCAAAUAUCAACAUUAGAUUUGGAAUCAUUCUGAGAGAGGACAUCAAAGAGCUGUUUCUUGACAUAGCUCUGUUCUCUAAAGGAUCAUCCAUUUUGAAUUUCUCCUAUCCCGUCUGUGAAGACGAUCUACCCAAGUUUUCGUUCUGUGGAAGAAGGAAAGGGGAGCAAAUUUAUUAUGCUGGCCCUAUCAAUAAUCCUGGAUUUGAAGUUCUCACGGGAGAAUACCAGGUUUUGCUGCAACUGUACAAUGGAAACCAUUCCACUGUGGCUUGUGCCAAUGCCACCAUCAUUUGCUCCUGAGUGGCUCCAAGUGCAGCUAGCCCUUCAAGCUGAACCGGCUGGGUCUGAAGGUCACAAGCGAGCAACGUGUAUCCCUGGUCUAAAAUCAAGAUGCAGACUGGAUUGUGCUCCUUCCGCGCACUCUAGGGAGGACUCCAUCUCCUUGUCCUUUUGAUCAGCCCGCACUCCUUGGCUCAUGGCCUCUUCCUCCAUCUUCAAAGCAUUGCAUCUCUCUGUGUCUUUCUUCUGUAGUCACAUUUUUUUAAGUCUCUCCUGCCUCCCCUGUCCACUUUUUUUUUCCUUGUCCACUUUUAAAGACCUUUGUGAUUACAUUGGACCCACCUGGAUAAUCCAGGGUCAUCUUCAUAUCUGAAGGUACUUAAUCACACCCACAAAGUCCCUUUUACCAUAUCAGGUAACACAUUCCAGGUAUUAAGAUGGGGGCAUCUUUAAGGGCCCUUAUUCUGUCCUCCUCACCAAACCAGAUUGAAGGCACAAGCUAAGUUCCCAAAGGAGGGACCCUUCAGUGAGACCCUUCCAAGAUUUUUAAAAACUGAAAUGAAUCCCUUGUUAAAUUAAAAUAUUCAAGCCCAGUGCUACCAAUUAACAGCAAAUCCCUACUAAUCUGGAAUCAUUCAUAGUUAUAAAGAGAUGAUGAGUUUGUCUGAACUGGCAGAAUCAGUGUGAAAGUUUUUGUGCCCCAUGUAGCAGUUCCUCAAAAAAAUUAAAAAUAGAAUUACCACAUGACCCAGCAACUUUUUUUUCUGGAUAUGUACCCAGAAGAAUUGAGAGUAGGGACUUGAACAGACAUUUGUACACCCAUCUUCACAGUAACUAAAAGUUAGAAACAACCCAAGUGUCCAUUAACAGAUGAAUGGAUAAACAAAUUUGGCAUAUACAUACAAUGGAAUGUUAUUCAGCCUUAAAAAAGAAGGAAAUUCCAACACAGGCUACAACAUAGGUAACCUUGAGGACAUUAUGUUAAGUGAAAUAAGCCAGACACAAAAGGAAAAAUGUGUGGUUCCACUGACACAAGACUCCUGGAGUUACCAAAUUCAUAGAGACAGGAAGUGGAGUGAGCAUUGCCUGGGGCCAGGAGAGGAGGGUGGGGAGUUGUGUUUAAUAGGUUCAGAGUUUCAGUUUGAGAAGAUAUAAAAGUUCUGGAGAUGGAUGCUGGUGAUGGUUGCUCAACAAUGUGAAUGCACUUAACUGCCACGGAGAAGUGGUUAAGAUGAUAAAUUUUAUUUUAUGUAUAUUUUACCCCCAUUUUAAGAAGGUGCUUGUGGGUUUUUAAAAUUUCAAUCAAAAAUACCAAACAGAGAAGCUUUGAUAAAAUGCAUAGCCUUGUAGUCAAGUCUUUGUUUUUAUAAGCUCUUCUAUUCCUGAAGUUCACAUUGAUCUAAAUGGUCAGACCAGGUAGAGACAGCACCGAGGCCAGGCUGUCCCCAGCAUGCCACCCUCUGCCUUGGAAUCCUAGCAGGAUCUCUUUGUUUUUUCCUUUGUCACCAUCUUCCCCCCUACUCUCACCCCCUUAGUGGUUCAUUCAUCCAGCUUCCCAUGAGUGAUUUGACAGCCAGCUGCCCCAUGAACACCUGCUGCCGUAGUUUCUCCAACACUAUCAGAGUUCCAGGGCAGCACAAAGGGAUUCACCUGCCAUUCACCCUGUGAAGAGACCCACAGAGCUCCAAAAAGGUGUGGACCAUAAAUCCAGACUACUUAGAUACACUUCUCGGUAUUGUUGGUAUCCCUGGACAAUUAAAUUUCUCUUAAAUGUUCCAA